UUCAAUCACCAACCGGCAACGGCAUCAACUCGCAACUUAGCUGCUAAUACAACUUAGCUAUCCACCCACAAUGCGGUACGCGGUGCUCGUAACAGGCCCAGCAGGUGCCGGAAAGUCUACUUUCUGUGCCUCUCUAAUUACACACGCUCAAACGAUUGGUCGGUCCGUUCAUCUGGUCAAUCUUGAUCCUGCUGCCGACAAGUUCGAAUACGAGCCGACUAUCGAUAUAAGGGAUCUUAUCAAUUUGGAAGAUGUUAUGGAGGAGCUGGAGUUUGGACCAAACGGUGGUUUGAUAUAUUGUUUCGAAUAUCUUCUCAAUAAUCUUGAUUGGCUAGAAGAUGAAUUAGGCGCAUAUGAGGACGACUAUCUUAUAAUAGAUUGCCCUGGACAAAUCGAACUAUACACCCAUGUCCCUCUUCUUCCCCGCCUCGCCACAUUCCUUUCUACUUCUCUCAACUUCAGAACAUCAGCAGUCUACUUGAUAGACUCGCAGUUCAUGCAGGACAAGAGCAAAUUUUUUGCAGGUGUAAUGAGUGCCAUGAGCUGUAUGCUCUCCUUGGGAAUUAGCAUGUUGUGUUUGAUGAGCAAGAUGGACUUGGUAAAGGAUAAGAAGGGCCGAACGAAGAGAGAAGUUGGAAGAUAUCUUGACCCAGACCCCAAUCUGCUACUUGAGGAUAUCAAUCAGGGCACCAACUCGAAGUUCAACCAGCUUAACCGAGCCGUCGUCUCACUGAUAGAAGAUCAGAACAUUGUGUCUUUCUUACCGCUGGACGUUACAUCAGAAGACUCUGUAAAUACUGUUCUCAGUCAUAUCGACAACAUGAUGCAGUAUGGCGAGGAUGAGGAGCCCAAGGUCCCCAAGGACAUGGAUGAUGGUGAUUUUGACUAGGUCAUAUAUAUGUAUCCAUAUGUAUUACUACAUUUGCCAGCAACGAUACAAAAGUUAAAAACAUGCGACGGGAGUGUCAGAUCGAUCAUACAAGCGCAACAAUAAUCUGAAUAUUUCUCAGGUGGCCUUUAAUACGCGUCCUGUUGAGGGACGAACAUCAGCUCUAAUCUUAGAAGAAAUCGUAGUGCGCUCACAACGUUUCACAUCACUCAAAAUCUUCUCAAAUUCUUCUGCAACUUUGUCCCAGUUACAACGAUCAAGCACUACCAAAGGACCCACUAUAUUCCUUGUAGCUCUCAGCAGUGCAAACUUGUGCGUAUCAGGAAGAGACCUAAAGAAUGAAUACGGCAUGGCGGAAAUAUCCAAUGCAGGAGCGCCAAAAAUCCCAUCCUCGUGUAAGUCAAACUCGGAGCCUGACGAGCUGAGCUUUCGCUUUUUACAGCCUGGAAGAUAUGGCUGCGGAUGAUCAUUCAAUCAGUGGCACUAGCAAAGCCCGCCUGACCUAAGCUUACAGAAGAACCACUCCGACUUGCUCCAAUCCAUGUCCAUUCAUUGCCCGCUUGAACCGCGAAUUUACAUAGCUCCUCAUCACCCAUCAUACAUCCUGCUUUGAAGAUUCUGCUUGCAGAGAUACAGCCCUCUUCCAACCAGACUCUCAACAUUCUACCCAGCUCCUCUAGUAAGGCUCCAUCGCAUUGGAAUUUCUUGAGGAACGAGAUGAGUGUUUCGUAAUGGCUGAAUGACUGGGCCGUUGGUGUCGGUAAUGAUGAGAAGGACUGAGAAGACAAUAAGUGGAGGAAAAG